AAAUUGUUUGCUGUAAUAAAUUUUACAGUGUUUCUGAAGGUAUAUAGAGCCUCACAUUGACUUAAAUCUGCAGAAUAUCCUGUAGCUGACCUUAGCAUAGUCAGCAUCUCAGGAAGUGCCCCGCCCUCAAUCCCCCUGCAGCAUCAGCACCAUGGAUGAUGAGGAGGAGCAGAGACGGCCGGCCGGCCUCCAACAUCUCCUGAGACCUCCGUCCAACCCGGCGGAUCACGAGGGGCUCCAGAUUUCCGACGACAUGUUCGGCGGGUCGGCAAGCUCGGACGACGCCAGCACCGGCUCCGAGAUGAGCCAAUCGGAUGAUGAUGAUGAGGAUUCUGAGGAGAUGGGUGAUGCAGAUGAGGAUGGAGGCGGCAGUGCCGAUGAUGGAGGGUGGACGGCCGACAUCACUCACUUCGACCCCCCGUGCUUCAGCGACGGCGAAACGGUCGGGCCGGUCCGAGACGUCACGCCGGACAUGCGGCCGAUCGACUUCUUCCACCUGCUGGUCCCGGAGCCCGUCCUGAGCGCCAUCGUGCAGCAGACCAAUCGCUAUGCACACAAGUACCAGCUGAAGAACGGCCGGGACGAGGAGUGGCGGAAUGUGGACCUCGCGGAGAUGAAGGCGUUCAUGGCCAUCUUCAUGUACACCAGCCUGGUGCACGGCGUCUUCUCCGAGGACAUCUCCGCCCUGUGGGAGGCUGACGAGAUAACGUACAACCCGGUCAUGGCGAGCAUCCUGACGCAGCGCCGCUUCCAGCGCAUCAUGCGCUACUUCCACGUGGUGUCCUCCAGCGGCCAGCAGCAGGGCGACAGUCUGCGCAAGAUCCGCCCCUUCCUCGAGACCGUGCAGAACUCCUUCCGGAAUGAGUUCAAGACUGCCCAGACCCACGUGAUCCACGAGCCUCCGCUGGAGGAGGAGCCGCUGAUGUGGUCGCGCCACCUGGACAGGAAACGGCGCAAGAAGAAACGGUUCAACCUCUGGGUGCGACAGUGCACAGCUACAGGGUUCAUCUCCCAGGUGAGCUGUCUGUGUGUUCCUCCAUGUUUACAGUGCACAGCUACAGGGUUCAUCUCCCAGAUCCACAUCCAUGUGAAGGAGAAGAGCGACAGCCUGAGCCACCACGAGAAAGGUUACUCCGUCGCCCGCGACCUCUGCUCCGACCUGAUUGGCUCGGGACGGAACCACAUUGUGUUCUGCAUCCCGGCCAACACCAGCCUGCGUCUGUUCCGCGAGCUCGAGUCCCACGGCGUGUACGGCUGCGGGGUCGUCACGGACGCCAGGCACACCGACUGCGAGGGACUCCCUGCCAGCGUUCUCGCCAAGCCUCCGACAUCCCUGCGCAAGUAUGACAGCAUCGUCCGCACCAAGGGCAGAUAUUCCGCUGUGUUGUGGAACUCGCCACGCAACCCCUUCAGGUUGCUGACGAACGCGUUCUCGCCCGCGGCGCAGGGGAAGCUGGUCGUGAAGAAGAACCGGAGGCCUGACGAGGAACGGCCGUGUCUCGAGGCUGUGCAGGCCUUCCAGAACCACAUCAAGUACAUCGACAAGUACAACGAGAAGUACUCUUGGUACAUCAUCUCCUACAAGCCCAGCAAGACGUGGCAGCAGCUGUUCUGGACGGUCCUCAGCCUGGCCAUGAACAACGCCUACAUCAUGUACAAGCUGUCCCCGGCGCACGCGCACUCCCGUCUCAGCCGCAGCGACUUCGGGGCAGAGCUGCUGCGCGCCAUGGCCGGGCCGUACUACCAGGAGCCCCCCACGCAGGGGGAGGAGUAGCCCCCCACCCAGGGGGAGGAGUAGUGCGUGCCAUGGCCAGGCCGUACUACCAGGAGCCCCCCACCAAGGGGGAGGAGUAGUGCGGGCCAUGGCCAGGCCGUACUACCAGGAGCCCCCCACCCAAGGGGAGGGGUAGUGCGCGCCAUGGCUGGGCCGUACUACCAGGAGCCCCCCACCCAGGGGGAGGAGUAGUGCGCGCCAUGGCCGGGCCGUACUACCAGGAGCCCCCCACCCAGGGGAUUAGUAGUAAUCUCCAAGUAGAUCCUACGGUAGCAUAAGAUACUAGUAUCAAAAGCUGGCAGAGGAGUGAAGCCGGCUCAGGACUGUGUUUCGUUACCGGGCAAAUGGACACCUUUUGGCUGACUACACUACUUGGCCACUUUGGUGCUAUCUUAUACCAUUGUAGGAUCUGCUUGGAGAUUAGUGGAGUAGCACCUCGUUGAAGAGAUUCAUUAGUCAUUUACAGUGUGUGAUCACAGUUAGUAGAAUUUUCAUCUAACAGAAUUUUCAAUUGACUUCUUUUUACUUACCCGUGCUCUGCAAAAACCACAGGAGCUAAUUGACUCACCCCUACUCCGUAACAAAAACAACAGGAGCUAAUUGACGCAUUUGCAUCAACCUUGUCUUAGCUAGCUUUGCCUUACCUUUGUUUCCCAUUGGAAUUCAAAACUGUCUUCAGCUUGAUUUUGUCUUACCUUGUUUCCAAAAUUGUCUUCAGAUUUUUCUGCAUUCAUAGUUCAGGUAUAAAAGACCAGUUUCUCCCAGAUCACUUCAGUUCAGUGUAACUGAUGAAAGAUGCCGGAUGGCUGUCUGAAACGUCUGACCAUUUCCAAAAUCAUGUUCAGCUGCUUGAAUAACUGAUUUUUGCUUAUCUUAUUACCUGGAUGUCUAACAUACAUCGACAAGUGUAAACCUAGUAUCACACUCUCUCGUCGUGAACAAGAUGGACUGAUAGCCAUAGAAAACUUGAGGGUAUACCGGUAUAUCUUUAUAAAGAAGUCACUGUUAGAUGAAAAUUCAUAUUAACUGAGUAGUACUUCGUUGGGCAUUCUCAGGAGACUCUUCAGCAGGGUUCUAGCCAGGAUUUUAUUUUAGUGUAACGGCAAUGACGAGGUAGCAAAGCGACCAAUCAGAGAUGGUGUGCAAUGUGAGUCUUUCCCUUCCAUGUCAAGGAGAUUUUGAAAAUGUAGGGUAAAAUGCUGGCUUUUUAAGGGUACCAAUGAGGGUAAGUCUUGUAUUUUUGGUCAGUUUAGAGGGUCAUUGUUCCACUACCAAAAAUACUGACAAAGUUCCCAUACAAUGGUUGAAAAAUAGUGUAGUUGUCCUCUUUUUUUCUGCAAAUUAUAGCAUGGUGGCCCAUUAUACUAAAAAUGCACUAGCUAGAACCCUGCUUGAAAUACCACCUGUAACAUUAUGUGCAAUGUUUACAUACAGUUGUUAGGGUAUAGGAGGAUAUGAUUCAGAUAUGUUAUAUUUUUUCAUUCAUAGAUUGUAUCUUAGAGGCUUUAUUUUUGUAAUAACCUAUACUAGUAUAUAAUUAUUAUCACUUGCAUGUAAGUUCAUUUUCUUUGCUGUUGCAAAGACAUGUCGUCUUUCAUUGUUGUGUGUUACUAGGGCUUCCAAAUGGUACAAGUGAUGUCUAAAUGCUAUAAGAAAUAGUUGAAGACAUUUGUUUCCAAGGACAGUAUUUGAUUUCAGGAAUUAACAUCUCGAGAGGCUCUUGAGCGGAGGAUAGCUUAGCAAUAGAUCGAUGAAGGAGAGAAGAAACAGUGUUUGUUACGUAUGUGUGUACCGUGCUGUCAGGUGCUCUAGUCUUUAUGUCUCAUCUUGUAUGUACAAAACCGUUUCUCUUGUCGGACUGGUCCAGAAAAAAUGGACCUGAAAGAAAUAGCCCUUCUCAGAAUAUUUGACUGAUGAACAACUUGGUUAAACUAUGUGUAAUGUCAUUUCUAAAAGUAGUAUAGGAAGUGAGAAAUGUUGUUCAGAAUGAUAGAUACACUGAGAUCAUUAAUAACUGGUGCUAGAAUCCUCAGAAACUACAAGGUAGAAACCUACUCAUAAUGCUGUACAAGGUGUCAACGUACUCUUUACCACAUGAUUACAGUACUUACUGGAAACAUAGGAACAGCACAAUGUAUUAAAAAAUGCACAAAGGUCGUAUUUUUGGUACAUUGAAAGUGGGACAUUGCAUUGUAUAACAGUCAAGGUAGAAUGAUGUUGUGAUGACAGUCAAGUCAUGAAGAUGUUGUGAUGACAGCACACUUUCUCUACUGAUGUCUUAAAUAUCUGGACAUCUUAAAUUCUGUUGAUAUAAGGAUAUGUACUGCUCUAGUUCUAGUUCUAGUUCGUAAUCCGCAAACCUCCCAUAGGAGUAUCACGCGGAUGGAGGAGGCGCAGCGGCUGGACUACGUAUGGAUAGAUGCAUACAAACCAUAGCAAAGUCUCAGUCAUUACCUCAAACUUGACAAUGCAACAAUGUGUCCUGCAGCUGGUCAAGACAGAGAAGGAAUUAAACACAA